GGUGGGAUCUUUUCGUUAUCUCGAGGUAUCAAGGCGGUCUGUGAGCAUCUUGCCACCUCUGAAAAAUGGCCGUAUUAAAGCGGAUGGCAGAUUGUGUACAUCAGCAGUGAUACAGCAUAUUUACAGUGGACAGCAUCCACACUGGGAACAGGACAAAAUGGCUGAUAAGAGUGACCUAAAAGCCGAACUUGAGCGCAAGAAACAGCGCCUUGCUCAAAUCAGAGAGGAAAAAAAGAGAAAGGAGGAAGAAAAAAAGAAGAAAGAGUCAGAGACACAACAGAAAGCGGAAGCUGUUCCUGAGGACUCAGAUUUGGACCGCAAGCGCAGGGAGACAGAGGCCCUCCUCCAGAGCAUUGGAAUCUCACCCGAACCUCCAUUAGUCCCGACACCCAUGUCCCCAUCAAAGUCAAUGAGCACACCCAGCGAGACAGGCAGCCAGGACUCGGUUGAUGGAGCAGCUGCUGGCAGAUAUAGGUCAGGGGUCAGUGACAUUAGUAAGCACAAAACAGACACAAACUAUGAAAGGACCUUGCAGUGGGACACUGACCCCUCUGUUCUUCAGCUGCAGGCUGACUCUGAGCUCGGACGUCGAACACAUAGAUUGGGACCUUCUAAGAUAACUCAGGUGGAUUUCCUGCCCAGAGAGGUGGUGUCCUACUGUAAAGAGACUCAGACACCACUAGCAGCUCAUCAAUCUGAAGUGUGUGUGUAUGAUGGUGUUGUUUCUGCUGAGGUUAAUCUUGCAUGUUCUCUCCCUCCUGUCCCCUGCGUGACACCCCCUGCUGCCCCCUCCAGGACCUUGCAGUGGGACACUGACCCCUCUGUUCUUCAGCUGCAGGCUGACUCUGAGCUCGGACGUCGAACACAUAGAUUGGGACCUUCUAAGAUAACUCAGGUGGAUUUCCUGCCCAGAGAGGUGGUGUCCUACUGUAAAGAGACUCAGACACCACUAGCAGCUCAUCAAUCUGAAGAAGAUGAAGAGGAGGAAGAAGAGGUCACAGAACAGAAAGCUGGCCCAGAAAAUGACCUGCAGGAGGAGGAAGAAAGCAAGGACACAAAGGAAGGCCACCCACGGGAGCUGACGGAGGAAGAGAAACAGCAGGUUUUGCACUCGGAGGAGUUCCUCAUCUUCUUCGACCGCAGUAUUCGUGUGAUGGAAAGAGCGUUAGCUGAGGACUCCAACAUCUUCUUUGACUACAGCGGACGAGACUUGGAGGAAAAAGAGGGAGAUCUGCAGGGUGGUUCCAGUCUCUCUCUCAAUCGUCUGUUCUAUGAUGAGCACUGGUCAAAGCAUAGGGUCAUCACCUGUCUGGACUGGUCCCCUCAGUACCCUGAGCUCUUGGUGGCCUCCUACAACAACAAUGAAGACGCUCCUCAUGAGCCAGACGGUGUGGCUUUGGUGUGGAAUAUGAAAUUCAAGAAGACCACACCAGAGUACAUCUACCACUGCCAGUCUCCAGUGGUGUCGGUGGGUUUUGCUCGGUUUCAUCCUAACCUGUUGGUGGGUGGCACAUACUCAGGGCAGAUUGUUCUCUGGGACAACCGAAGUCACCGAAGAACGCCGGUUCAGAGGACCCCCCUGUCCGCUGCAGCACACACACACCCUGUUUACUGCGUCAAUGUGGUCGGCACUCAGAAUGCCAACAACCUGAUCACGGUGUCCACAGACGGCCGAAUGUGCUCCUGGAACCUGGAUAUGCUGUCACAGCCUCAGGAGAGCAUGGAGCUUGUUUAUAACAAGUCUAAGCCAGUGGCUGUGACUGGGAUGGCCUUCCCCACUGGAGACGUCAAUAAUUACAUUGUUGGCAGUGAGGAGGGAACCGUGUAUACAGCAUCCAGACAUGGCAGUAAAGCUGGCAUCUGUGAGAUGUUUGAGGGCCAUCAGGGGCCAGUGACAGGCAUCAGUUGUCACAGUGCUGUGGGUCCUGUCGAUUUCUCCCACCUCUUUGUCACCUCUUCUUUUGACUGGACUGUAAAAUUGUGGAGUACAAAGCAAAACAAGCCGCUGUACUCCUUUGAGGAUAAUGCAGACUACGUCUACGAUGUGAUGUGGUCUCCCGUGCACCCCUCGCUCUUCGCCGCCGUGGACGGCAUGGGUCGUCUGGAUCUGUGGAACUUGAACAACGACACUGAGGUGCCCACCGCUAGUGUCACCAUAGAGGGAGCCCCCGCUCUGAACCGCGUCAGAUGGGCCGCAGGGGGCAAAGAGGUCGCCGUGGGAGACUCAGAGGGACGUGUGUGGAUCUACGACGUUGGAGAGCUGGCUGUGCCCCACAGUGAGGACUGGGCCCACUUCGGCCACACGCUGAUGGAGAUCCGUGCCAACCACGGGGACGGUGAGGAGGAGGGGCCUGUGGAGCUGGCCACGUAAACACCGGAUCAGAGUCAUCACCAACCCAGACUGAGCCUGAUGUAACACACCCAAUUAGCAUGUCCACUAGUACUGUGCUGUUUACUCCAAUAAAAGGGACCGUUUAUCCAAAUAAUGAAAUAUUACUAGUAACAAUAAUAUUAUUGCAUGAUUUUUUCCUUCAAACCAGUUAAGUGCAAAUCCUACCCCACAGCGAUUCCAUUGAUCAACUCAAUCAUGCAGUCACCAGUCAAGAAAAGUUCAGAAAUAUCUUCAGUGGAUCAAAUCGAUACAAACAGUAGGCCUAAUGCUAUCAGGAUGUGCUACCAAGUUAUACUGAGCUUAGGGUUUAGGUUGAGGUCAAAGGUUAGUAUUUGAUUUAAUGUUGUGCAGGCAGUCUGAACCGUGAUUUACAUGACCAAUAUGGUCUUUCGAAUCAGCUACGCGGUGGGAUUUUGUGCAUAACUGGUGAAGGGGGGGAAAAAUCAUGAAUAAAUAUUGAUUUUUCUGAUUAUUUGCUGACAAUUCCUGAAAUCCCAAGAUUAAUCUUUUACUCUGGCUGUCUGAAAUCACAUACUCUCUAAAUAGUUAAGCCUACUUUAAGUAAUUAGAGGCUGUUUAAAAAGUAUGUUCGGGAAAGUAUGGAUGUGUGUAGUAUGAACUUUAUCAAGACAUACUACAUUCGUUGUCAUUGUCAUGUGACCUGCUGGUCUCUGAGAUAGUAAAGUGUCCAUUGUGCACACUUCAGAAUCUCACUGAAAGUAGGGAACUUUUUUCUCCUACUGUGAAUUCGGGCAUACUACUUUUUUAACAUAGUGUUUUUCGCUAUAUAGUAAGGAAGUAGUUUAUGUGAUUUCGGAUGCCAGCGUGACAAUGUAUUUGCGCUAUCCGUCCUGUACAUGUCGCUAAACCAAUUUACCUAAAAGCACAGUUUGGGCCAUGUUAUUAUUUUUUUUAUUUAUAUUUUUCGUAAUGUGCAGGCUAAUGUACAAAGUUACAAGGUUCUCUGUAUCACUUGUUUUUUGCAUCGCUUUCCAGCAGCUGAGUCUUCAGUGCCACGGCAAAGGAAAUCUGAAUAUGAGUUUG